GGACGCUCUCGGUGUAUCGCCCUCUUUUCGGCGUUCUCCCCUCCGCGCGUCUUUGUUCGAAUCCCAGCCAAACAGAUGGUGUCCCGCUCGCGCUCCCUUCGGCCAAUCGCGUGUGCCAGAAUCAGCUGACUCGCGCGGACAGCGCCAGGUGCGCGAGCCCGUUAUUUUCUCUGUGAGGCGCGUGCUGCUCCAGUGUGGCAGAGCGGUCCUCUCCAACCGGACCAUGCGCUUUUCUACAGGGAAUCCGUGUGGACAUAACCAAGGGGUGCCCAAAUAAACAUAUGGAUGGAACGUUCUCGUCGUAUGGAGCUCACAUUCAACGUGUUAAAAAAACAAAUAAGUCUCAGUACGUCUUCUGGAUUUUCCUCCUCGUUUGUUUGUUUUUUUUGACGUUCGGUACGGACAUUGCAUGCAUGCACUGAGGGAGGAGGCCGGUGCAACUGAAACGUGCACACCAAAGAGACCCUGUUGCCCCGACCUGAUGUGAGUAAGAAACAACCUGGUUGGAGUCUACAGGAAAUCUACUGAAACUCCAAAACUAAAACAUUUCUGUUGGACCGCUACUCAGGUUUACAGGAUAAAAAGCUGAUGCAGUCACACUUCUGAAAACUUGAUGAAAGUCUCACCAUACAGUCCAAAUCUUCUUACUUCUUUGGAAAUCCACCACAUUUUUGAUCAGAGUGGAUAAAAUGGCUAUAGCUACUGCAUUCUGUGUUGCACAGCCCUGUUUUAUUUUUCUCCUGGCGUUACUUACAUUCUCUUCUGUUGAAGCUACAGAAUGUCCUCAGCUAUGCGUAUGUGAAAUCCGGCCAUGGUUCACACCCCAGUCUACCUACAGGGAAGCUAUAACUGUAGACUGCAAUGACCUUCAUCUUACACGCAUCCCUGGAAAUCUGUCAAGUGACACACAGGUGUUGCUAUUGCAAAGUAAUUACAUUGCCAGGACCAGCGAGGAACUGGAGCAGUUGCUAAACCUUACUGAACUGGAUCUUUCCCAGAACAACUUUACCAACAUUCACGACAUAGGCCUGACCAACAUGUCCCAGCUCACUACACUCCAUUUGGAAGAGAACCAGAUUGUUGAGAUGCCUGACUUCAGUCUUCAGGACCUUACAAACCUCCAGGAGCUUUAUAUAAACCACAAUCAAAUUAGUUCCAUUGCACCUAAUGCGUUUGCUGGUUUGCGCAACUUGCUAAGGCUACACCUGAACUCAAACAAACUGAAAGCCAUUGAUAGCCACUGGUUUGAAUCAACCCCUAACCUUGAGAUCCUAAUGAUUGGGGAAAAUCCUGUAGUUGGUAUUUCGGAUUUGAAUUUUAAACCUCUUGUUAACCUUAGAAGUUUGGUUUUAGCAGGGAUGGAACUUACUGAUAUACCUGACAAUGCCUUUGUUGGACUGGACAAUCUUGAGAGCCUCUCUUUCUAUGAUAAUAAACUUGUAAAUGUUCCUCAAAGUGCUCUGCAGAAACUACCAAACCUGAAAUUCUUGGAUUUGAACAAAAACCCUGUGCACAAAAUCCAAGAGGGGGACUUUAAAAAUAUGUUGAGGCUUAAAGAACUUGGUAUUAAUAAUAUGGGCGAACUUGUGUCUAUUGAUCGUUUUGCGCUGGAUAAUCUCCCAGAAUUGACCAAACUUGAGGCCACCAAUAACCCUAAGCUCUCAUACAUUAGCCGUUUAGCAUUCCGUGAUGUUCCAUCUCUUGAGAGUCUCAUGCUUAACAACAAUGCUCUGAACUCCAUUUAUCUGGCAACGGUGGAAUCUUUACCCAAUUUGCGAGAAAUCAGCAUUCACAGCAACCCACUGCGGUGCGAUUGUGUAAUCCAGUGGAUGAAUUCAAAUAAGACAACAAUAAGAUUUAUGGAACCUCUUUCAAUGUUCUGUGCAAUGCCACUUGAGGUUAGAGGUCAGCACAUAAGAGAGGUACUCUCACAAGAAUCUGCUGAGCAGUGUUUGCCAAUGAUAUCCCAUGAUAGCUUCCCUAACCAUCUUAACCUGGAUAUUGGCAUGGCUGUAGACCUUGACUGUCGUGCAAUGGCGGAGCCUGAACCAGAGAUAUACUGGGUAACACCAUUAGGUAACAAGGUCAUGAUGGAUACUGUGUCUGAUAAGUACCACCUGAACAGUGCUGGAACACUACAUAUAUCAAACAUUCAGGCUGAUGAUUCUGGUCGCUAUACCUGUGUUGCUCAGAAUACAGAGGGUGCUGACACUCGGGUGACUGCAAUCCGGGUCAAUGGUACUCUCCUGGACAGCACUCAGCUUAUGAAAAUUUAUGUCAAACAGACGGAGUCCCACUCAAUACUGGUGUCCUGGAAGGUAAACUCCAAUGUAAUGACUUCUAACCUCAAGUGGUCUUCGGCCACCAUGAAGAUUGACAACCCUCAUAUUACCUACACAGCCAGAGUCCCUGUAGAUGUUCAUGAGUAUAAUCUGACACACCUUCAACCAGCUACUGAAUAUGAGGUCUGUCUCUCAGUUUCUAAUAUCCACCAACAGACUCAAAAGUCUUGUGUAAAUGUCACAACAAAACAUUCAACUUUUGCUGUGGAAAUAUCUGACCAAGGCACUAACACAGCUUUUGCUGCUGUCAUGGGUACAAUUCUGGCUAUUAUAAGUCUGGGGUUCAUCUCUGUCUACAUUGCCAAGAGAUGGAAAAGGAAGAAUUAUCACCACUCGCUCAAGAAGUACAUGCAGAAAACCUCCUCCAUUCCCCUUAACGAGCUAUACCCUCCUCUAAUCAAUCUGUGGGAUGUUGACACUGAAAAGGACAAAGAUGGAUCCUUAGAGCCGAAGCCGAGCCAGGUCGACACAACAAGAAGCUACUACAUGUGGUGAAAUCCAUCAAACUGUUGUUUUGGAGCACAAAGACACAUUUUACUCAUUUGUGCGAAAAUGAAAGUGGAUUUAUUCUCUGCUUUGCUUAUUGGGUACAACUACACUGCCAGUCAAAAGUUUUGGAACGCGUGAAGUUUUUGUUAUUUUAUUCCAGUUUUAUUUCAUUCUAAUUAAACAAGUGCUUUUACUGUACCUGUUUUAGUAAUUGUUUUUAUUUAGCAUGAUGGUGGUUUAAAUGACUAAUUUAUAUAUAUAUAUAUAUAUAUAUAUAUAUAUAUAUAUAUAUAGAACCAACUAUGUUGGGAAACUACCAACAUAACUACCAACUAUGUUGGGAAAAAAAAUGUGAGUCAAUGCAAAAAAAAUUUCAAGUUCAAAUUUAAUUAGUGGAUUAGUCGAUUGCAGUAGCAGGUCGAAUUAGUCGUGAAGUGUGCAGAGUUGGUAGGAAUUUCUUUUGGAGUGGAUAGGAGUAUGAUUUAAAACAAUAAAAACAACAGCAACAAAAGCAGUCUCACAAACACCUCUACUACAAGUGCCUAAUUAGAAUUAUCCAGGCUUAUUUUUCAGUUACAAGUUUUCUUCCCCCAAAAUGUGUCUCAGUUAAUUUCUACAUAUUUCGUACAUAGAUUUUGUAAUUCUGGUGUAGAGGGAAUCAGAAACUUUUGAUUGGCAGUGUAAAUAGUCUAAUGAUCCAGAUAUUUAGUAGAUAUAACUUUUUUUCCCCUUCUUAGCUCAAUCUUGCAGCUUUGUUUAGUUUCUGAGAAAUGUUAGUAGCUGUGCUUUUUUUAUGUUCCGUAUAUUUUAAUAGCACAGCGUAGAUAUUGUCAAAGAUUAUUUUUGGGUCAGUCGAUGCUGUAGCAGUUUGAUCCAGCACUGUACAAAUGUCUUUGGCAGUAUUCAUAUAGAAUGUAAAGUUUCUUUCUCUCUUUUGUAAAACAAACAAACAAACAAAAAACUUUUUUUCUGUUGUGCACUGAAAUACGGUAUAUUAAGAAUUUUGUCCAUGGACUACAGUGUAAGCUGACAAAAUGAUUUUAGACUUAAGAUACUGUCUAUUAAAUGAUGUUAGCAAUUGUUCUGUAAUGUUGUAUCAACUAUAAUUUUAACUUUGUUAAAUGAACAUUAAAAUUUUGAUUUAGAACUUAAAAGAAUAGUUUUACAUUUUGGAUUUUUUUUUUAUUUUACAUUUUCAAAGUCGAAUAAAUUAAUCAGUAGCAUUUUCUACUUCUCUGCAUGUAGUUUGAUUGUCAGAGAGGCCAAGAUCUUCUUCUAUCAGGGUCCUUUCUUUCCAGCAGUGUGCUCAUUUUCUAGAAUACUAAUAACAAGUUUGUCAAUGUGUGACCAUGACCUCACAGAUGCAGUCUAUAAAAGGCUGUGCCAGAUCAUGGUAACCGUAUGAUUUAUUUAUUGAUAUUCAUCAGUGACUCAGAGUCAUCAUGCGCUUUCUUUUUUUGUUGGCAUGCAGCAGCUUGGAGUUAUUCAUCUCAUAACUUUAAGAGGUCAUAUAUAUAUAUAUGAACUUAUGAACUUUCACUUUCUAUAAAUGUAUUAAUUAAAGUCACAUUCUUAAUCUGCUGCUUUAAAGGCACAAUAGUGAGUUUUUAAUGCUGCUGAGAUCUGAUGGAGGACAUGAACAGUGAACAACCACAGUCAACAAACACUUUCAAUAAUUGCAGCAUACUGCCAAUUGCAACACAGCAGGCAUGCCUUACAUGCCAUGGUGCAACUGCUGCCUGUUCGGCAUCCUUCCCUAAUGCUAUGGAAAUGCAGAUAUGACUGCAAAGGCCACUAGGCAGAGAAAGGGCAAACUUCUUUGUGGUGCAGUCAAAAAAAAAGAGCCGCAGCCAUCACAGGCUUCACAGCUGCUUACCCCUGCGGAGAGAAGGUUGAUAAGAAUGGCCAGAGGAUUUGCAAGUGGUAACAGGGACCUUUUUAUAGGCUACACAUGAGAGGACAGUCAUAGUCAGUAGACGAUCUAACAUCUUUUUUUUUGGUCAUGUUGCUUUUAGUACAUGCCUAGGGAAGAAAAAUUUCUACUACUUUAGCUCUGGAAGAAAGGCAGUGGCCCCAUGGCAGUGAAGCCACAGUUACACUCAUAACUUACAAUUUGUUUAUUUAGUUUAAAGUGUAAGUAUGAGUUAAAUUUGCAGCAAAGCAAAUCAGCAAUGAAUAUUUUACAAGGAAUUUCAAUGCAAAGUUUUACAGUAUGCCGACAUUGCACAAAAUGCGUCAUUGUCACUUAAAAGAUAUCAGCACAUGCAGUUGUUGCCAUAACUUUUCUUCUACUUUUUCAUGUUAACACAUUCAAAUUAAACGUGUCAUAUUUACCAGUGGAAAAGGCAAUUCAUCAAAGGGGAAUGGAUAAAGGAAUGGAUAGUCUUGGUCCAAUGGUUCUCAACCAUAUUGCUGGUGGACCACUGCCCUCCACUUUUUAGUGUUUUCUCUGUUGGGAAUGUUGGGAAUGUUAUCCACUAGCUGGUUAAAAAAGGGGGAUUCACUAAUUAUUAUGAAGAGGUUGUACUGGAUAUUUGCCUUGUUAUUUCUUUAGGCUAGCCAUCCAGUUGCAUAUUUAUGACCACAUGCUUGACACGCAUCUCUCUCUCUCUCUCUCUCUCUCUCUCUCUCUCUCUCCGUGAUGUUGUUUCCAUAAUGUGGACCUAAAUUUGGAUCUGGCGAAACAAACGGAUUACCUUUCAUGAAGCCCUUGCCUUUUGGGUUAAAGCAAUGGAGCAGCCACACUUAUUCGCAUAAUGUUCAGCUUUGCUGAACUUUUGCCAUCAUGCCAUAAGCCAGGAUUUUCUGCAAUGUAUCCAAUAUGUUACAAACAAAUUUGAUAGAACUUUCUAUUUUAACAAAGAACAUCUGGCCUACAGGACAUGGACAUGACGAAGUGCCACUACAGUUGCUUUGGACGCAUCUAAGAAAAGACACUUUGUUAUAAUUAGCACUUCAUUGUGUUUCUGUAUCAACAGACAGGUUAUUAAAUAAUAAAAGUAAAGGAUAGAAUGUGCCAUGUGUCCCCAAUUUAAUAUUUUCUUUCUGUAUGUAAGCCAUCAUAAUUUUUCUAUCUUGGGGAGGCAAGUUAGGUAUUUUUCUUUUAUGCCAGUAAUAAAAGUGUAAAUAAUAUUUAUACUGUAUCUGAUGCUCAGCUAUAUAAAUGUCUACAAAAAGUGAGUUUAUGAUCAGUAAAAAUGUUUAACUAAAGUUGUAGACUGUUUAUUAUUACAUAUGUGUAAUAGCUCACAUGGACCAGACUGCAGAGCAAAAUGUGCUUUUGUUAAUUUUGUAACAAUUAUAUAAAGUGAGCUUAAAAACUCAGCAGGUAGCUUAUAAAUACAAGCAUUAUAAAUAUCAGUUUAGUCUACUUAUGUUUUAUCAGUUACACUGUUAGCAUGAAGCCGUCAU